AUGAUCAAGGGCAACGAUAGUAUACCCAAUACUUGCAAAGACGGCAGCAAAGAUAUCUGGGGCAAAGACCGGCCGCGCGACAUCCACCUCCAACUCUCCAUCUCCUUCGCGCUUGGCAUAGGUGCAUUUCUGACAUUCUGCUUUCUCCGUCCACGAUGGAAGGGCCUCUACGCUGCACGCAAGAAGCAGAACGACCUCGCGACCUCGCUGCCCGAGCUUCCCGAUAGCCUUUUCGGUUGGAUUAUACCGCUAUGGAAGAUUACCGACGAACAGGUGCUGGCCUCGGCCGGCCUCGAUGCCUACGUAUACCUCGCCUUCUUCAAAAUGGCUAUCAAGUUUCUGCUUGUUACGCUGUUCUUCGCGCUGGCCGUCAUCAAGCCGGUGCAUGACACACAUCAAGAAAAGGAGGGAAAGAAAGCUCCGAUUCAUGGAGACCCCAGCUGGGACCGCAUCGAGAUAAGAAGUACGAUCUCUACAUUCGCAGCCGAAUACGAACAGUAUACCGACUAUCUAUGGAUGUAUCUCGUCUUUGUUUACCUUUUCACCGCUCUUAUACUAUACUUGAUUGUCUCGGAGACGAGGAGGAUCAUUGACAUCCGGCAAGAGUAUUUGGGGAGUCAGACAACCAUCACCGACCGAACCAUCCGAUUAUCGGGUAUCCCUAUUGAUCUCAGGUCGGAGGACAAGAUCAAGCACUUCAUUAUGGAUCUCGGCAUCGGCAAGGUUGAGAGUGUGACUCUCUGCAAGAACUGGAAAGAGCUCGACAGUAAAGUUAUCGAUAGACAAGCUGUCUUGCGGAAGCUGGAGGAAGCUUGGACUGUCUAUCUUGGAAGCCGCAGAGUGGAACGAAGCUUAGAGACUCUUCCGGUGGUCCAGCCACGUCCGCCACAACAUACUGAAAGUAGCGGCAACGACGAGAAUGAGACAAGCCAUUUCUUAAGCGACACAGAUCGGGACUCUGACUACACCACCCCUCAUGCUCAGCAGCGCCCGACAGCCAAGAUUUGGUACGGCCGCUUUAAGCUGCGAUACAAGAGAGUAGAUGCCAUUGACUAUUACGAAGAGAAGCUGCGCAGGAUCGACGACGAGAUCCGCACGCUGCGCAAGAAAGACUUCGAACCGACUCCGUUGGCUUUUGUGACCAUGGAUAGCGUCGCGAGUGCGCAAAUGGCCAUUCAGGCUGUGCUUGACCCUUCGCCACUACAACUCCUAGCUCACAAUAGCCCAGCACCACAAGACGUAGUCUGGUCGAACACUUAUCUAUCUCGUCGUCAAAGAAUGUUUCGAUCUUGGUCAAUCACGGUCGCCAUUGGCAUUCUGUCCGUUUUCUGGACAGUUCUGCUAGUACCCAUUGCUGGUGCUCUGAACACGUGCUCCAUUCAGGAGGUUUUUCCCGGCCUGGCAAAAGUGCUGCACGACAACAAAUUUGUAGAGUCCCUUGUCAAUACUCAGCUUCCCACAUUGGCACUCACUCUGAUCAACGUAGCUGUGCCUUUCUUGUACGACUGGCUCGCCAAUAAGCAGGGGAUGAUCUCACAAGGCGAUGUCGAGCUGUCAGUCAUCUCGAAGAACUUCUUCUUCGUUUUUUUCAACUUCUUCAUCCUCUUCACUAUACUGGGGACUGCUUCCAACUUCCUGACUAUGCUUGAGCGCUUCGCCGAGAAACUCACGAGCGCUACACAGAUUGCAUACGCCUUGGCAACGUCGCUCUCGAACCUAUUGGGCUUUUACACCAACUUCAUCAUCCUUCAAGCAUUCGGACUCUUCCCGUUCCGACUUAUGGAGUUUGGUGCCCUCUCUCUGUACCCGGUCUAUCUAAUUGGGGCCAAGACCCCCCGAGAUUACGCUGAACUGGUACAACCUCCGGUCUUCAGUUAUGGGUUCUUUUUGCCACAAACCAUUUUAAUCUUCAUCAUCUGUAUGGUUUACAGUGUGUUGAGAGACUCAUGGCAGGUUCUCCUUGUCGGCUUGGCCUAUUUCAUGAUCGGCCACUUCGUCCACAAGUAUCAACUCUUGUAUGCCAUGGAGCACCGACAACACUCAACUGGCAAGGGUUGGACAAUGAUGUGUGAUCGCGUUAUUGUCGGUGUCGUACUCUUCCAAGUUACUGUUGCCGGUCAACUGGCUCUAAAGAAGGCGUUCAAGCGGGCUGUUAUGGUAGCACCGCUAGUCGUCUGUACUUUGUGGUUUCUUGUUGUAUUUGCGCGCACCUAUCGACCACUGAUGAAGUUUAUCGCCCUGAGAAGCUUGCGAAGUCCGGAACAAUCGGAUCUUGGGCGCGACGUUCAGGAAGAAGCUGUCGUCAAUAGGCCACUUGGGCGGAGAACUGCAGGCAGACUUACUUUGGACGAAGCCCGAGAACGCGGUCUGCGAUUUGAGAAUCCCAGUCUUAUUAUGCCUUUGGACGAUGUGUGGCUACUUAACAGGCAUGGUAGACCCCAGAACGGAUCACAUGGAUCUGGGAUCAACGAUGCCAAUGGUAGCUGGGAGUAG